AUGUUCAAGUUCGCUACUACCGCUUUCUUGUUGGCAUCCUGCCUCCCGGCCACCUUGGCAGACACUUGCUAUGCUGUGGGCUGGCAGCACCAAACCACCGUGAAAGGCUCAACGCAAGCCGACAUGGGAGUCUAUCUCUACAAGGGUGACGAAAAAAUCGGCGAAGCCGAGUCAUGCUCCAAAUGCCCACACGCUUGCAGUGAUCACCUGUGGGUUGAAGGCGAGGGGCUUGACUUUGUGUUUGGCUGGGGUGCAACCUGCAGUAUCAAUCACUUUGUGGAGUGCCAUGGUGCUUAUUCUGACCAGACCCACAUCGAGGGCGAAGAGCCUUCCAAGGGUAGUGAUUUUGUUGGAAUUGCUGAGGGUAUUAGCUCUGAGUGCAAGGUUGAGUUCGAGUGCUAA